AUGAAAAGGAGAGGUGAACAAGAAAAAUCUGCAGAUGAGAUAACAUCCAGAGGUUCUACAACUGAAUCGCCCGAGAAGGCUCGUCUCUCACAAAAACGCAUUGCUACACAAGAAUAUGAUCAAAACAAAAGGCCAUCCAUUAUGAAGAGUGACAAGAAGGGUGAAAAAAGUCGUGCUGCAAAUGUUAAUAAAGAUGUUGCAAAGACAAAGAGUGAACGAAUACAAGAAAGGGGCUCGAAAGUCAAUGCUCGUGGGACAUUGAAGAAGAAUAAGACUGACAAGGCCAAGGCUUAUGCUGAAAACCCAACAUACAACAGAAAGCUUGAAACAUUUUGGUUUUCUUUAGUUGCUUCUGAGACACAGAAAAGCAAGAAGCCGUUGGAGCAAAUACCUUCCAAAUACUUGAGGGUGAAGUAA